AUGGAGAUGGCCUGGGCUGAGAAUCCUGACAACCGACCCACCUUCCAGGAAUUACAAGACAAGAUGAAGAAGAUCUGUGAAGGACAGUAAGCGGUGACUUAUUGGAAGCAACUGCUUCUCUCGUGCUUGUUUAUACAACACAUUUUACGGUUCUAGAAACCGCUGUUCACCACUAUAAAAAGCCAUUCAUGUGCUGACACAUAAGCAGCAAAAAGUACACACAGAUUUAUCUUAAUAUGAUUUUAUUAAUUCAUUCGAUUUCAUUUCCAAAACAUCUAUUAUAAUCCAGAAGACCAUUUAUGGAGCAUAGGCGUGCUUUCGAUAAACUGUCGUCGGACCCGUAAAUUUAAAUGGGAACGAGAUUCAAAUUGAAACGUGCGAGCCAUAAGAGGAAUUGAUUACGGUUCGUCUUCAUACAAGCGAGUGUGUGAAUAUGGGGAACGACAGGAAGAAGCAGUAAGUGGCAGUAAGGAUGAGGUAGAGUCGUACCACAGGGAGAGGGGAGGGGAGGGGGAAGGGAGCGCGGAGACAUGCAUGCAGUUAAUCGACCUUUAGCCUCACUAGACGCGGAGCAUGCAGGAAAUUCUCUCGCGCGCACAGUUAUAUUACAUUGUCUUGGGAAAGGAUUCUCAGGCAGCUAAACCAUCUGAAAACUAUUUAAAAUAGUGCGCUUUAAAAUUCCUCCUGGGAUCAUUGGACGAUUUCGGAGUAAAAUUGUCAGAACAGGUCUUGUCAGGUACGAUGCCAAGUUUUGCGCUAAUAUUUAAGUUAAGUACUAUCGAAUUCUGCAAAUAACCGCAAACCUGCAAGAACAACUCUAUGGACACUGAUUUAUGCAGCAAACUCCCACGACAGUUUGACCGUCGUUGCCGACGAUGUUCACCGUAUGCUCCACAUCAAGGUAAGAGCAGGAACGAUUACUUUUACGUGAAUAAGUUUAUAAUGGGGGCAGACUUGCACAGUAUAUACCGCACUCUCUCCUACGUCACCUGGAUGCCGUGUCAAGACAGAGUCAAGAAGAUCGGAUGCGGGGGAGGGUGCAGGUGCAUGGCGCGGUCAAGCCCGCAACUUGACUUUCCACUCCACACCCUCUGGUCCACAUAGCAAAUGACCAGCUUUUUGACCAACAACAGCAAUAGGGAGGCGGCAGGGGCCCCAGUAUGUGCGACCUCCGCCACCAACCGGAUUCGCCACCGAAAUGCUGGCACUUGUUAUGGUGCUCAAUCCGAUAACGCCUGCCAGGAUCCCAUAUGGCUUCCGUGUUGGUCCUGCGCAUCUGUCACGUGGCCCGUUUGAGUAGCACGGCAAAUUCCCUACAAUACAUUAAACGCAUGUAGGUGACAAAAGUCCAAAUGCGUGUUUCGUCGACUGCUACUGCCUCAUCCUUGGAUUACCCAGAUUUCCCCACAAGAUUUAUUGAAUAAUUCCUACAAAUCGACACUGUUGUACACUGUUUGGCAAAAUCCACCCUAGCUGCGUCAUAUGGCGUUGGAAAAGCUCGGGGUCAGAAUGAUUACUUGAUUGGCCUAAUUUUAUCAUAGAUUUUUGAUGUCCUUACAAAUUCAUGCAUAUUGUAUAGGAAAUGCAAUCAGAAAUACCUUCUCUUAAACUAAUUUGGUAAACUAAAUCGUGCCAUUUUCGACUUUUAACCGACUAAAGUGUGCAUUUACGCCUAGAAUAAGUAUUUUAAUUCCCGAAUACUUUUGAGCUCGACUUGCCUUUGUACUUGCGUUUAGGACUUAGAGUCUACCUGCUGCAUACGUCCUCGGUGGGGAAAAUCAUACAUUCCUCUGCGCCAUUACAAGCACGCCAUAUAGCGCUCAUGAAAUAUUUGAAUGGAUGUGGACUAUGUUGUAUACUUCGCGACGAGUUUUAAUAAAUGGACAGAUACAAACAUUUUGAAAUGGGAUCUCCGUUUCUUAGAGUGUAAAAUUUCAUCAAAACGUGAUUUUCUAUCAAACGAGUAUAAUAAAGUACAUUAUGCGCGGGUUUUCUUUAAAGUAUAUGUUUAAUUAUAUGGACGCCGAAAAACAGGGUAAAGAUCCAUAUUACUGUGACAGUUACCUUUCACCGGUACGAUUUUUUAAGCUGUUAAGAAGGAAUGCGUUCAGAAACCCGUAUCCUGGCAUGACUGAGAUAUUCAGUGAUUAUGUUUCGCAAUAGGCGAUAUUACAACUCCACUUAAUUAUUUCUUCCUAGUCAAAAACACAUUUAAGAUUUUCUGUUAACAUUACAUGAGAUUGGUCAAUGUAACUCCGGCGGUGCGCCGGUGGUUGGCUCUUCAGAAAUUAAAAUCGCCUUCAUCAUACACUCGGGAUUAGUAAUCACUGCACUCUGACUCCUUCGCAUAUUUCACAUAUCUUGUAGAAAGGGUAACAUCAUGGACCACAUGAUGUACAUGAUGGAAUUGUAUUCGGCAGAUUUGGAAGCCCAGAUACAAGCGCGGACAGAUGAACUAGAGGAAGAAAAACGAAAGACUGAAGCCCUUAUCGCGAAGAUGCUACCACUGUAGGUUCUAAACUUGACUGUCUUUCAUUAAUAUUGCUUUCUCAUAACUUGCUAUUUUGAUUCAUGCUUUUAAGAGCCGUAUCUUACACACCCCCGAAACCUAGUUGACAACCAGUGAGGUGCAUUAAAGGAUAGGAGGGCUCGUUCCUUCCUAUAGACACUUUCGAAAAUUUCCAAACCUCAUCUAACCGAUUGACCUGUCAGUUAGGCAUCGUCUGUGGACAUUGCGUCGACUGGUGCGCAUUCGUCGGAGGACGCCCAUACGGCUGGAAGAUCCGAUGGUCUGGCCCACUCCUGAUUUCGUCGUUUGAGUUCAAUUGAUAAGCAUAGUCGUUGUUUACUAUCAUAGCAUAUAUUUAAAGGGGCCACUUUGUUGGCAAAACCAACUGACCACGGCCAAGUUCUUCGAGAAGGCUGAUGUGGCAGACAAAGCGGGAAGGAAGUGCCUCACGCCUGACAGCAACCCAUGGACACUUUUAUUUUUACCACGGGAAAAUCGGCAAACGAAAAGCACACUCUACGCUUUUAAUUAGCAGAUUAGGAAGUGGAAGAUGUAUGCCAUCUACUGUCGCAAAACCUCAGCCUGUAAGUCCAGAAUGCGGCCUAGUGAUCAUAUAUUUGUUUGUCAGAGUUACUCAUUAGCUGGAGCCAAUGUCUCUAUGGGUGGAAAUGUAUGUAGAGGCAACUAGCUCUUAUAGCGUCAGCAGUCAUACACGUUUUGUGAGACAGAUGGUUGUGGUGUGUAUGGGGGCGAGUAGCAGUAAUUUUUCUCCUCCCAACAAGAUUUAUGGCUCAGGCUAAGUAGCUUUUGGCCUUGGUAAAUGUAGUAUUUGUUCCAAGCACUUGCAGGCGCAUUGAACCUGAGCGUACAACUUGAAUGAUUUAACGGUGUUGUUGAACGAAAAUCAGGGGCCCGACUAUAUCAAUUCUUUUCUCAGGCAUGGAGGACCCGAUCAUUGUAUGUUUCGGACAAAAAGAUUGAUCGAAACUUUGGGACCCAUACUCGGAUGAUCCAUGAAGACAGAACUGGAUCCGCCGACCUCGUGUUUAGGCGGGAAUUCAAUUGGCAACAUUCCGUACAGCAGAUUAAAUGCAUAUGAAAUGUAUUAGGCCUUACUGUGGGCAAAGCACGCAGGUUUUUUACUUUAAUCAGAUUGGCAUGAACGUACGAUAAACUGCAAUGACGGCGGUGAGCGCCACUUUACCAUUGUGCAUUCCCGAUCGCAACCGACGGAACAACAAGCCCGUGGCUUAGUGGUUAGAGGCGUUAGACUUAUAACUAACAGGUCGCGGGAUCGAACCCCAGAAGUCCCACACUUCGGGAUUGGACAUGACUGGCUGACGACGGCUAAUAAGCCAGAAAUGGCCAUUCCGAUCUCCCUUGUCUUUUUCAGUAAUAACAUUCUGUAAUGUCGGCACCGACAUGCCUGCCAAGCAACCGAGGGGGGAUGUAGGGCUGUGUGCAACUGAAUGGGAGCGUCGUAGAAGAUGCCGACGCAUAGAGCGGGCAGGACGAGUGUUGCGGGAGGGGAUUGGUUGGUCAUGAAAGAAGGGAAACCGGUUAUCUUCACCGACAGGCGGUUACUCCAUCUCUAUCCUGGAUCCGCGUCAAUAGCGUUCACCCCAUUCAAAAAACCCAGUACAGUUUGUGGGACGCUACACUUGAGCAGUAUUGCCAUGCGAAAAAUAUGACUGGCACUUUUUCAUCAUUGCCAACCUGAAGAAUGCACAUUCUUUUUCCAGAUCCGUGGCACAGGCUCUGGUUGCUGGUGAGUCGGUGGAUCCCGAAGCCUUCGACGAAGUGACCAUUUACUUUAGUGAUAUCGUCGGAUUCUCCGCUAUAUCCGCAAGGUCCACUCCGCUACAAAUAGUGAAGCUCCUGAAUGGCCUUUACUCAGUUUUUGAUGCAAACAUUGAGAGGUUUGAUGUUUACAAAGUACGUGCAUAUGGCAAGAUCUGUCUGCAUCACCUUAACUACUAGCCCAAAACUAGAACUCCAUGUUUCUUUAUAUGAUCCUCUCCAAAUGCUUAUCAUAAGAUGUAAAGUCGAAAUUUUUUCUCAUCUGAAAAGUGCGCGCGUUUUUUCUUAGAGGAAUGAAGUAUCAGAAAAGACUAAUGUAAGUGUGUGAUACCUCUUAGGUGGAAACUAUUGGAGAUGCAUACAUGGUGGCUUCUGGUUUGCCGAUACGCAAUGGACGAAACCAUGCUGGCGAAAUUGCGAAAAUGGCCCUGGAGAUGUUGAGCAUAAGCGGCCUUUUUGUUAUUCCAUAUUUGCCAACCAUUCCUAUCCUCAUGCGCAUCGGUAUUCACUCAGGUGGGUCCCAAAACACAAAAGCAGUUUUUAAAAUGGUUAAUCUUCUUCCAAGAUCGCUUUGUUUCACUAAAUAAAUAUGCGGUCAUCGUCUUUUUCUAAGGAAUCGUCCUCGUCAAUAUUUCGCAGAUAAAUCGAUCCCUCCACGGUUUCCAAAGGUUGAAGUAAUGAAGUUAUUUCACCAUGAACCACAAGACAGGUGAAAGCCAAAAUCUCAGGCAUCAGCUUCGACAAUAGUUUUUAUUGCCGUACUAAGCAACUGCCUGGUAUUUGAUUCCUCAAUGAUUCCCGAUAUUCCCCACAUCGUUUUAGGUAUAAAUCCAGGCAGGAGAUGUAUGGUCAUUUUUUUCUCGAAAAUUAACGAAAUAACUUAAAGUGGGGCCGUCUCAACAGGGCGUCUUCGUUAUAAUCUCAUUUUUAAGUUGUUGUUGAGUUGCGUACAAUCAGCGGCGUAGUGUUUGCGCUUUCAAAUUCAGCAAUGGCACAUCCUACACACCCAAAUAAUCGCUCACCAAUUAACCUGACCGCAGAGCUAACUAACAGUCCUGACAGUAAAUUUCACCAAACUAACACAAGCUGACUUAGCGGGGAAUAGGAAUUCUUGCGGUUGCUCGACAAAUUUUCAAAAAGUAGUGAAACACCUGUCAGGACUGCCGACAGUACCUAUGUGGGAAGCGGAAUAGAAAAGCAUGUCCCAUAUAGGAAUAUUCAUAAUUUCUAUUUUUAAUUUGGCAGUAUUGCGCCAAAUUUUCAAAGAAAAUGCAGACUGUAUUCAACCUGUCUUGUUCUGACGAUUUUACCCUUUGCUCGUCUGGCAACUUCUGGCGACAUUGUAAGGGCUAAGCUGAAACCGCACGCUAAACACGAUUGCAGAAUCCACAUUGGUAUUAAAGUAAGUGGAACUGAUCAGUAACUUCAUUUUGUGUAUUCAUGCUGAAACAGUGCUGAUUGCGCUGUGAAAUUUAAGAGGAGCCAAUCACGCACAUACGCGUUGAUUAACAAAUUAUUUCAAACGUUUCGGUUUCAGUGAGAAGCUGUACCCGUAUGGUCCGCACAAAUUAUCUUUUUUCCUUUAAAGGCCCCUGCGUAGCAGGUAUCGUCGGGUUGACCAAUCCGCGCUACUGUCUGUUUGGAGACACCGUCAAUACAGCGUCUAGGAUGGAAUCGGCUGGAGAAGGUAACCAUUCACGACAAAAGUUUAUUUACUGCGACAAAACUUACUUGCCGAAGAACAGAGUAGAAACCUGCUAAGGGUGUGGCAUGCAGACCUUUCACAUAUGUUUAGGGUGCAGGCUGAAUCAGUUUCAAGAUUCCUAUAGUGAAAGGAUAAGUACGCAAGUCGCUUUUCCUUGUCCUAUCAACAAUCCAUCAUGUGACUAUGCCAGUGCAAAAACCGGAGCUUUCAGAGGCUCCAGUCAAUUUCUGAUGGCCGGUCGUGUUCAGGAUGUAUAACAAAAACGAAAGCCUGCCUUGCUUAAUUUUCAAGGAAAUUAAUGUGUGGACUUGGAGUAGAUCCUUUGGAACAGACAUUUUCAGGCUCGAUCCGAAUGUUGAUAUAAUUAUUUUUGUGACGUUAUUGUAACCAACAGAGAGUCCAAGGAUGUUUAUCUACAUUUGCCUUAGUAAAACUGAGCUGAGCCGAACUGAAUAACUGUGUAGUAUUCACAAAUUGUCAGCGAGCAGCAAGUAGCAUACAAUAAUAUGAUUAUUUACCAUACUGACAAAGAUGAAAUAAAUGAGCCAUCAUGGAUAGCAUAACUGCUUUUCAAUUGAGGGACCAGAAGGGUUCUUUCGUGGGAAAUCUCCAGGUCUUAGUGUAGAAGCUAAUGUUUCCAUCGAAGACGGCUUACCCGCAGUUAUUAAUGCUCCAAGGUGCCCUCGCAGAGUGAGACCAAAAUAACAGUUUGACUUCUGAAGGAGGACAGUACCAGAAACGUCGGCCACUACUUGGAAAAUUGCAAUACAUGCCAGUUUUUGUACCAUUUUCUUAACGCGUGAUGAACUAGUAGGAGUCCCAUUCAAAGUUGCAACGCGCUUUAAACAGCCAAUAUUUUGUGGUUCAUUGUUUCUGACAUUGCUGCCCUUCGGGGAUUCAGAGGCUUCCUCUUGAGUUCUGUCUCGCAUGACUGAACUUUAGCCAUGCGUUUAAGGACUCUCGCUAAUUAAAAACUGGCCAUACCAGAGAACCGAGAGGGACGACAUCAUCAUCAUCAUCAUCACCAUCAUCAUCGCCAUCAUCAACGACAGCGGCAACAAAUUUUACCUUAUUUGAUAAAAUAUUCAUACGGACUGAAAAACAGUGUUUGCAUUUCCACCCCAACCUGCCAUUUACAGCACUGCGUAUUCAUGUGAGCCCAGCAACAAAGGUAAUCUUGGAUGAGUUGGGAGGUUACAAAUUCGAAUAUCGCGGCAAAGUGAGCUUAAAAGGCAGAGGAGAAGUUGAAACCUACUGGCUCGUUGGGAAGGAGGGAUUUGACGGUCCGUUGCCGACACCCCUGAAGACUGAUGCGUAAGUCUGGCCGUUUUAAUUGCUGAGUAAGCGCAACUCGUUAAGUAGGUCUAAAGUAGGAAGACGUUUCGUUCACUAAUCGAUUGUGUUCCAUAGUUGUAAACCUACUCCUUCUAAGCACAUAGAUUUGGUCCAUAAAAGUUUAGUUCCGAAUAACAUUAGAAGGGUCCUGUGGCAAAGUAAAAGACACUGUAUUCUUAAAAAUCAGACACCAACAUGGCUUGAUUCCUGGAUCCUAUCGGUCUCUUGUGCUAAAUGUAGACCUUUUCCUUGAAAUGCUGUAUUAUGGUGUGUUCGUGUGUGCAAAUGGAAAACUAAGGCCGAAGGAAGGCCGUGGAAGUGCUGUUCGUCCCAGUCAGUCUGUCGGACAUCAAACAAGGUCGAAGAAGUGAGAAUUGUAUCCCGAAAUGUGAUGCCCAAAUUGUGGCGUCCUUAAAAUUGAAAAUAGGCAAUUAUAAAGUUAACCUCCAUUGCCAUUUGAGCGAUUAGAAGGAUCAGACAACACAUGCAGCAUUUGGAUUAAAAGGUCAAGCACUUUGGGAAAUCUAGAGAAAUUUGAUGCUGCACGCUUUUGGACGAAGACCCUCUCCUGAAUUUGUAGAUUCGAAUAUAUCCUGAAUUUGCUGAGGAAUGUGGAACCCCUGCCGGAUGAUCUCAGUGGUACUGACGGAACUGCCGCACAAGUGCCUGGUUCACAGGCGAACCAAUUUGUUCGGGAGACAAGCCAAUGGGUUGUUCAGCACACAGCGGAGAUGGAGAAACAACGUGGUCGAACGAGCUGGUCGAGGCGAUCGCAUAGGCCUGAAAAUGGAGAAAGCAGCAGGACCAACUCAGCUGCAUGA